AAUAUGCUCAACAAAUUUAAUUUUUUAAUUUUUUAAUUUUUUUUACUUUUGAAGAUCAACUCUAUAAAUACUCUCCUCCUCUUCGCUUAACUCACUCACAAUUCUCCCUGCUUUCCUAAAUACAAACACGCUUAUUUUUUCCAUUGUUCAUAUCUUUCUUCUUCAAAGUCUCCCAAUGGCUGGUGUUGAGGUUGAGAAAACGGUUCCAAACACAGAAGAGAAGACGACGACGACCGAGGCAACAACGAUCGAGACGCCGAAGGAAACCGUCCAUGCAGAUGACUCAGCCACUGCGGUUGAAGUUGAAAUCAAAGAAGAUGAAGAAGAAGCACCAAAGGUAGAGAAAGAGACUGAAAAAACCGAGACAGCUCCGGUUAAAGAGGAGAAACUGGUUGAAACUCGGGCAGCUGUGGAGGAGAAAGAUGUUAAGCCAGCGGCAGAAGAGGAGAAGACUGUUGAAGUCAAGACAUCCUAAGAUGCUGUGUUACAAAAAAAAAAAAGACAUCCUAAGAUGCUUGUCUUUCUCUCUCACCCAUGAGAACAUUUCUGUUUUGUUUAAAUCCUAUAUUUCCGCAUAAUAAUAAGAUAAUCCAGGUGCUAUUAUUGUAAUGUUUAUUUAAUAUAUAAUGAUAUUAUGUGUUUUCCU